AUGUCGAUGAGACUCUUGAACCUCUUUAUUGAUCUUUUUCGCACCGCGCACCGUGGUAAUAAUAUAUCCAAUAAUCAAUCUGAACAAUUGUUUACAAGAGAACAAGUCGAACAAAUCAUUGAGAAAACGUCAAGAAAAUUCAACCUUGACAGAACAAGUGAAGGCCCACAAACCUUCCAAACGAAAUCUUGGAAGAGCUGGAGAACAGCUCAUCCAUCAAUCUACAGAAGAGCAUCAAAGAAUUUGUUAAGAACCUUCCAAAAGUUCCACAGAGAGCUUAAAAGGAAAACUGUGGGUACCCUCCAAAGCGCAAAAGCAGAAUACAAGGAAGCUGAUCGACUCAUGAUCGUGGGAAGAGCAGCAACUGGCCUUUACGAAGAAUGUCAACAAUUCCUGAAACCAGGAGGAAGUGAUGAACAGUUUUUUCACAUCAUGGAAGACAUCCGACAACUCGCGGUUUACUCAUACGCUACGAGUAAGUCCACCAAAAGUGAAGCUAGGACAAUGGCGAUCAAGGCGCUCAAGCUCCCCGAUAGCGUUGACGUGUUUGAUGAGAUAAUCAUUAUAAUAACUCAAGUAUAA